GCGCCGAUCGGCUCGAUGAGCGGGGGCGCAGCUGCGGCGAAGCGGCCGACGCCGGGUCCGCGCCCACUGUUAGCCCCCUGCCGGCUUUCUUUCUGCGCUUCACUUUCCUACCCCCGCCCUCCCAGCGCUGUCGGUCCGGAGAGCUGCCCGGAGCUCCCUGGGAGACUCAGGUGGUGAAUAUUCUGCUGGGAAACAGAAGAGUACUUCUUGAGUAAAAAGUAUGCCUCCCAAGUUCAAGCGCCACCUAAAUGAUGAUGAUGUCACUGGUUCUGUGAAAAGUGAAAGGAGAAAUCUUUUGGAAGAUGAUUCAGAUGAAGAAGAAGACUUUUUUCUAAGGGGACCAUCUGGACCAAGAUUUGGACCUAGAAAUGAUAAAAUUAAGCAUGUUCAGAAUCAGGUGGAUGAAGUUAUUGAUGUCAUGCAAGAAAAUAUUACAAAGGUAAUUGAAAGAGGGGAGAGACUAGAUGAACUACAGGACAAAUCAGAAAGCUUAUCGGAUAAUGCAACUGCUUUUAGCAACAGAUCCAAACAACUUCGAAGGCAAAUGUGGUGGCGUGGAUGCAAAAUAAAAGCCAUCAUGGCGUUGGUUGCUGUUAUCCUUUUGCUAGUGAUUAUCAUUCUUAUAGUCAUGAAAUACCGUACUUGAUUUGGUGACAGAGAUCUUCAUUAUACAAAAUUUGGGACAACAAUAGUAAAAGAUUGCUGCAUAAUUUAAAUGAAACUCAUGUAUAUAACUUUCAAAACUUCUUUUUCAAGAAACUAAGAGGCAAGUAUCACUUCAAAUUGGAGCAUUGAGAAUGUCCAUUUAUCUUCUUCCCUUCUAACAAAAUGUGGUUUUAAAAAUUAUGUUUAAGACAAAGAUAGCCAGCCUCUAUUUUGCCAUAUUCCAAGGAUCUAAUUUGAAACCAGAUACUUGCCAGUUCAUUGUUUGUAUUCGUAAUUAAACAGUGAUGACAGUACUACAUACUGUUAGUAGAUGGACCAUUAUCUCAUCGACCUGGGGUCAUGGUGGGGGUCUAGAAGCCAAUGGAGAGCACCAGAUCAUUGUGCUAAAACACAAGCAUCAUUGUUCCAUCAGUAUUUGCAAGAUUCUUCACAUAUUACAAUUGCUUUGCGAAAAAUCUCCACGUUUAUGAGCGUAACAAAAGCUAAAUGUUGUAAAUGUUGCUGCCUUCAGCUAUAACUAAAACAUUCCAGUAAACCUAUUUUUGGCUGUAUAAGGGAAUGUGUAGUAAUUUUUUGGCAUUUGGAUUAUGGAACUGGAAAAUUUAAACCAUAUGAAAAGCAUAGUGUGGCACCAUAAAACUGGAGAUAAUAAAAUUAUCGGAGAACAUCACUGGAGUGCUUGAAAACGAACAGCAUGAUUCAGUCUGUUUCCAGUUAGCCUCCAAUAAGGAGGGACCAGUCCUGAUCUCAGAUCAUCCUGCACUUGAAAAAUGAAGUUUUACCACUAUCACAACUAUCAUUAUUUAACAGCAACGAAGAUCAACAGAAAAAUUCAAGUAGCUUUGUAAAUACUAGUUGAUACCCAGUGAAAUCAGGUCACUUUUUUUAUAAUGCCUGAAUCAUACUCUUAUGAUUUAUGUUUAAUUACCAAAGCCUAUUACCUUGUAGCAAUUUCAUGAUUGUAAUACUGACAUAAUCCCUAUGAUUAUAACCCACUGUUACCAGUGGUCUUUGGCUUGUCUAUACUGAUAAAGCUCACUGGAAAUUGCACUUAAGAGUUUAUGAACUUGGGGAUUCCUUGAUUAAAAGAAAAUUCAAUACUGAAAAUGGAACAUUAUCUAGAAUGGAGGAAGAAUAAUUAGCAUACAUCAGAUAUAGAAAUACAUUGUGUCAGCUCUCCUGUGGGUCACUUAUUACAUUCUUACUGGACAAUCACUCUGCAUUAGAAAAUAACUUCUACGUUUUUAUAGAAAAAAUUGACAUCUUUCAGUUCUCUAUAGCAUAUGGAUUUCGUGAAAAUGAUUAUACGUGUAUAGAUUAAGGAAGCUAGAAUAAAAAGAAAUUGAAAUUU